UGCGCCUAUCGAUGCAUGAAGAGGCGGGAGGGACGCCCCUCAGCGCCCAAUCGCGACCAAGCUCUGAAGAGGGACGCCGCAUUGUUGACCGAGAAGUCGCUUAGCUUGGUGUCCGGUUUUGAAAGGGAAGGCGUGUUACUCGGUAGUGGUCCAAAGUCGCCACCGCUUCUCCGACUCGGCAGCCCGCCCGGUGACCGGUUCAAGGCGUGGGGCGAGGCGAGGAGAAUGAAUUUGGUGUCGAGAGCGGAGUUUUCUGUUGAAAAAAAUAAGAGAAAGAAAAGAAGGGACUUGACUGAAGAACAGAAGCAAGAGAUCAAAGAUGCUUUUGAGCUAUUUGACACAGAUAAAGACAAAGCUAUAGAUUAUCAUGAACUAAAGGUGGCAAUGAGAGCUUUAGGUUUUGAUGUUAAAAAAGCAGAUGUACUAAAGAUACUUAAAGAUUAUGAUCGGGAAGGAAGUGGAAAAAUCACUUUUGAAGAUUUUAAUGAAGUUGUGACAGACUGGAUACUUGACAGAGAUCCACAUGAAGAGAUCCUUAAGGCAUUUAAAUUGUUUGAUGAUGAUGAUUCAGGAAAAAUAAGCUUAAGAAACCUGCGCCGUGUGGCCAGGGAACUUGGAGAAAACAUGACUGAUGAAGAACUUCGGGCAAUGAUUGAAGAAUUUGAUAAAGAUGGGGAUGGAGAGAUUAAUCAGGAAGAGUUUAUUGCUAUCAUGACUGGAGAUGUUUAACAUUACAUGAAAAGAAAUCAACUUGGCACAAAAAGGAAGGAGCAUUGGCUUUCAGCACUGAAACUGCCACCUUUCUGUUUCAGUUAAUUUUUGUAGCAGGAGCCAUGCAAAUUAUUUCCGCAAAGGACCAAAAUAAACACAAUAUAUAUGUACUAAGAGGUUGAUAUUUUAUAUCAUUAAAUUUUAGAAGAAGCAGUGUUAUGUUUUGAGUACUCAUUUGUAAAAUAGCUUUGUAUAAGAAUUUUAAAUUAAAUCAUAGUAUAAAACCUUUUGAAGUUAACCUUAUUUUAGCAUUAGCUGUGGCCUUAGUUUUAUAUAAGAGUUUAACAGACAUCCAUUUUAAUAAAGUCUUCUUUUUAUAUUCUACAA